AUGUUGGAGGAAAAGGAGGUGCAGCUCCUGCAGUCGCCACAAGGAGAUCCCAACAAGAGUGACAUCUGGGGGAACACCCCUCUGCACCUCGCUGCAGAUAACGGCCACAUGCACAUCCUCAGCUUUCUGGUGAACUUUGGAGCCAACCUCUUUGCCCUGGACAAUGACUUCCACACAGCCAUGGAUGUGUCCGCUUCUCGGGGCCACAUGGAAUGCGUGCGCUUUCUGGACAAUGCUGCGGCACACCAAACCAACCAACACCCGAAAAAGGUUGCCAGCCAGAAGAAGGAGGCUCAGAAAGAGGCAGAGAGGCGAGUGAAACUCUGCGAGAAGGUAAAGAAGAGACACCAGAGCAAGAGGGACAAAUUGCAACGUGGCUCGGUGUCCGAGGCGAGCGUGGGAUCGACGCACACAAACGAAGAGCUCAUGAGCGGCGUCAACGAGCAGUUCUCCCAGCUUACUGCUGUGGAUAAAGUUGGAUCUCUCAAAGGUACACUCCUGAAGAAGCUAGCAAAGAAAGACAAGGGAACUCUGCAGAGGUCAGGAGGAGAUGGGAACGUCGUCUUUCGCAAACAGGACAAUGGAAUGUCUGAUAAACCAGAGUUUCUAGAUGUCUUCAAUGAAGAGGACGAGGAUGAGUUUGAUGAAGGAGGAAGGGCAACGUAUGAUGAUGAUACCGAUGAUGGUGUCAAAGAACCAGGCCAGGUCAAGCAAUCCAUCUUCAAUCGUCCUGGCUUUGGAGGUCUCAUGUUCAUGAAUAAAAUGAACGUAGAGUCAGAGGACACUCCCCGUGACAACAACGAAAGUCUUAGUUUUCUUGUUCAGAAGCAGCUCGAGACCGAGGAAGACGCAGCUGGCUUUGAUGACGCUGGUGAUGCAGAUCUUCCUUGGGACCAGGAAGAUCUGGGACUGGAUGACGAUGAA